AUGAAGGUUCAGCGUCGUUCAUCCGACAGCCCAGCGCAAGGCACUCUGUCGACUCGACUCGGGGGCUCGCAGGAUGUCUGGAUCGCAACGGAAAGUCUGGCCAAGGCACUGCAGCGUCUACAAACGUGGUCUAUCGAGGAGCCGUCCAUGAUCGUGGCGGUCUUGGCACACCAGCAAGAGUGCCGUAUCACUUGGCGCUACACCCGUUCGCUGGGCCGCCGGCAUGACAGCCGAGAUCAUGUGCCAGAUCAGCCGGCGAUCUCGUUCCAGUACAUCCUGUUCUACGUGUCAGUCGCGCCAGUUGCGCCAGUCCCGAUGGUCAAGAUCGACAGAUCGCUGGCGGCGGCUCGUGCGGGGUGGGUCUUGCCUCUCCUGGUAUCCCCCCCUGGACCCGUGGCCACCGCAGUCCGCCAUGAUCGACAGAUUAACGAUCAGAUCAGCAUGGAGGCAUUCCCUGUCCCUCUUUCCCCUUCCCCUGCAUUCCUCUGA